ACUGCAAAAAAAACUGAAACCGUUUUGAAGGGAGAGAAGUUUGAAGACAGGCAGGCGGGGACAAUCUUCAGUGUCUUCUCAUGUGUUCUUUUAUACUUCAGUGCCCGUGACACAUAGCUUGAUUUCACUAUUUUAUUAACUUCAAGGCCAACGAUUUAUGUUGAAUCUCUUUAUUUCGAAGGGCAAAAACAUAUUGGGGGGAGAAAUGUUCGUUGAUUUAUGGAGGAUUUAAAUAGCAUGCAGUACAAUUUGUCUAGACCUUAGCCUAUUGCGAAGCAAGAGAAGUUGAUGCAAGCCAAUUGCCAACUUGCUUGAUCAUUGGGAAGGAUCAAUUGCAUUCAAGGAAAGUCGCUUCUACGAAUUGGAAAUCAAUUUUACCUAACGUUACAGUUCUGCAAACUCGUCGCGCAGUAGGGGUCGUUAUUUUUUGACUCUUUUUGUAAAACAAUGGUGGGCGGACUAAACUUGCUGAAUGUAUGUGACGACGAGCCACUGGACAUGAGUUGCAAAGCCGAGCGGGGACUUGACAGCCCGGACUCCGGACUACCCCCCAGCCCCAGUCCGAGCCACUGGCUGCUGCCUGAUUGCGGGGAUAAAGGUGUCAUAAGCCCCGUGUCUGAAGACGAGAGGACAGGGUCAUCCUUGGUCCCUAUUUUAUCGAUUGGAUCUGUUCCUCAGCGGCACACGUUGUCCUACGGGGAGGGCAUAGAACUUGAUCCACUACCGUCCAAGGAAAUACGAUACACAUCGUCUGUCCACUAUGAUUCAGAGCGUCACUUUAUCCACGACGUGGCCAUGCAGCCCAGAGGCCUGGGUCUGGAGAACUGCAGCCAGACGUUCCUGGCUGUCCCUCACAGCACCUGGAGACACUACAAGACCCAGCUAGACCUCCAGCCUCGCCAGCGGGGCCAGCAUUUCCAGAGCACCACCAUCGUCUACCCCAAGCACGCUCACACCAUCUACACCACAGAGCUGAGCUACGACAGCCGCCGGCUAGCCAGGAGAUUCUUGUCGAGCGUGGAGCUGGAGGCUGCUGACCGGAGAAGGCUACCCCAUUGAGGUUAGGGGAAGGCUGGGCACGGCCUGAGGGAGAGGUCCCUGGGCCCUGUGGGGCCCAACCACCACAUGGACACAGGUUACACAGUCUAUUAGUUUAGAUUGGUACUCAAAUGUGGGCUACGAUGCUUUCCAGUCUCAAGAGGAGGGCAGAAGAUGGAAGCCAUAUCUCUAGAUCUGGAGUAUCAAACAAAUAGCAGGGACAUCUGAGUGAGGCUGCCAUCUACCAAAGUGUUGAUCCAUUAGUAGCUAGUAAAGAGUUCUCUGGUAUGUCAAAGUUGGAUUCAUUUUAACCAAGUGUUGAACUGUGGACAGACAGGUGAUGGUGUACUGUAUACUAUCACCAUGGAGGAACUUAUAAACCAGAUUUGGAAGUGAAGGAUUGUUAGGGAAGUGUAGUCUGGACCAUCACUGUCAACAUUCUGUGUUUAGGCCUAACCAUUGCAGUGGAGCUCAAUGAACAAUGAUCCAACAAUAUUAGAUUCUAAGGCAAUAGUGGAGUUUCCAUGUGAUUUUUGUAAGCAUUUACAUUUGUAGACAUGGGGAGUUGUCAAAUUACUGUCUAUGACUGGGCUUCAAGAUGUCUUGUCAAAUCAUGGUAUUAUGGUGUAUUUGUUGCACAAUGUUACUUACCACAAGCAGAAUAUAUAUUCCUGGAUAGUGUAACACCGAGCCAUGUAUAGAGAUGUAUGAUCCUGGUGUAACACCAAACCCCAUCUUAGUCUUGCCUAAACCAACAUUGUCUACUGUAAGUAUGGUCAUGGAGCAGAAAGCCACAGCUUUUUUCAUAUUGUGUAAAAGAGUUGCAAAUUACAGCAAGUUCUGUGUUGAAAGUUGGGACAUUUUUUUUCCCACAGACCACUGCAAAUUGAAGAAGUUUGUAUUAGUUUGUAAUAAGUAGCGAGAGAUUAUCCAAUGUGUCAUUAUUGUUUUCAGUUAUAACGUUUUAGUAUUUUACUAAUAGUGAAGUCUUGUUCUUACUAACACCUUAUGGACUGUUCAUAAUCUUUGCCUAUCCUCUUCUGGUUGCUUCCAGAGGUUUAAUUUAGUUAUGCAUUUAUUUGAUGCUAAUAAACUCCUUUUGGUAGCCUAAUAGAUUACUAUUAGGCUACCAAACACAGGUAACUUCCCUCAAGGUCCUACAAGGAUACACAUCUAGAGAACCUGAACUGUCUUGAGAUACCCAAAGGGCCUCAUUGAAGUAAAAUGAUAUUGCUUUUAAAGCUCUGUUUUUAUAGCGUUUGUUUGAAAUAAAGACCAACUGUUUUAUAUCA